UCAAGACCAGCCUGGGCAACAUAUAGUGAGACUCCGUCUCAAAAACAAACAUAAAAGAUUAUUUAGUACUUGCCUUUGUUUCUGUAGCUAAAGACUGCUGGGUUUGUGACUUUAGAAACACACACAAGUAACUGAGAGCCUAUCCAGUAUACAUUUUUAACUGUUUUUACUUUCAUUUAAUAUUAAAAAGUAAAUAUUCCUCAUAGUCAUAAAUUUUUCAUAAUCCUGUUUUGAAAUACAUAGUAAUCCACUGAACUAAUCAUAUUUAGUUUACUAAAUUAAGCUUUCUCCUAUUGUUUAGGCUAGAAUUCUACUAUAGAUUAUAUUAUCCCUCCGAAAAAGAAAAAACAUUACAGAAAAAAGAAUAUUAAUUCUUUGUAUGUCAUAUUAAAAUGUUAAUAGUGGUUCCUUUUGGUAGUUUAGAUUGCAUACCAUCUUUUAAUCCAUUGUUUUAAAUAGAUUUUCCUGGUUUUUCUUUAAUGAACUUAAAUUUGGUUUUAAUGGAGUUUUAUCUUUCAUCUCUGCUGUGUAAUGAGAGAGGAUAUUCUAAAGCAAAGAGUUGGUUGCCUUCCAUCUCCCAGUCUAAUCUUAUGUGAAACCCCUCUUGUGAUUUAGGUGUAAAUUUUAUGUGUGCAUAUACUGACUGCUGGCCAAUGAAUGAGGUGUUCCUAGAUUUUUGUAGGUCAUGUAACAGGACGUUUUCAUAAAGAAGCCUUUCUUAAAACUUGAAGUUGUUUUCUUGAUGUGAAUGGAUUUGGAUAGGAAAUUCACAUUGAGAAGUAUUUCUUCCCUGUACAUUGGGGAAAUAUGGGGGGCAGUGAUCUGUCAACUUUAGAUUGUACCCCUAAGUUCUUUGGUUCUGUAGGCUAAAUACAUGUACACUAAGAGCCUACUAUUGUCUGUCUGUUAGUACUGUUUACAGUUUGAGGUAGGAGAUUUGCAUUCAACCGUUGUAUUCCUGAUCUUCAUCCAUACUAAUUCAGAAUAACAGAACUCAUGUCAGUUCUUGGGUUUUCUCCUCCCCUUUUCUUAAGGUUUUCAUCAGACAUGGAUCAAGGCACAUAUUUUAGGGCCAGACAAAUUACUGUAGCAUUUGUAUAAACCACACUAAUCAGGUAUUUAGUAGGUACCUGGUCUAUAAUAAAACUUGAAUUUUUUUCCAGGAGGUUUCAUUUUUUCCUUCACAAGAGUAUUAUUAGUUACCUAUCUGCCCUUAGUGUUUUCUUAUAUUCUCCUACUCCGAAUUAGAUAGGAUCACUCUGUCUGGGGCUGCAAGUUGUCAGCUACUGCCUGCACAGUCCUUGGGAAGAAGCAGCAUACUUUCUGGUAUAAUCUGUCACAAAAUAUCUUACCCUCAAGAGUCCCACGUGGCUCUCAACCCUUACUGAGCACAUGUUCGCGUCUCAGCAGAGGUGUCACAGAGACAGGGCUAGCGUAUUUUCUUGCUGAGUCAGGAUUUGCAGUGGCCCUCAAGGUUGUAGUGUAUUUUCUUGCUGAGUCAGGAUUUGCAGUGGACCUCAAGGUUGUCGUUUGACAAAAGGCUGCAUCUAGCUGGUGCUGGUAAGCACGUAGACAAGCAAGAUUUUGUCAGUCCACAUCUGAAAAAAUUCUGUGGCUGAGGUUGGGACUUACGACAUGCUCUUAUUAACUUAAAAAUUGAAUUAUUCAACCAAUAGUAAAUUAUUAAGUAGCGUUUUUGUUCACAUAUUGUUUUAAAAUGACCAUUGUGGUAAUAUUUACUAAUAUAGCACAGUGUUAAGAGGGCUUGCUUGGGAGUUUGUGAUUCUCAAACUUGAAGGUACUUAGGAGUCACUUGGGAAGCGUUUUAAACAUAAAAAUUCCCAGGUUCCCCCUGCCCCUAACAUUUUGAUGGGGAGAGGAUACACCAAUCUGCAUAUGUAACUAGCGCCCCAGGCAAUUCUCUGGCGAACUAUUAUGUUAACGUAGAUGUUAGAUGUUCCUUUAGCAAUCAAGUAAUAGUAUUUGGUGAACCAGAGUAGUAUUUAUGUAGAGUUGGAUACAACACAUUUCACUGAUUAUAAAACAAAAAAUUUACCAGCGUUUUUUCAUUUUUAGAAAUUUAUGACCUUGUAAUCUGAAUGUUUAUAAAAUACUAGAGAGAUGAUUCUGAUAAUUUCUUGGAAGUUCUUUUUUAUCAUAAAAGUUCCAGAAGCAAAAUAUUUGUUUUAGUAAUUAAUCUACCUUGAGACUCAGUUAUUAAUCAUUAAAAGCCAAUACAUAAAAUGAUAAAGGAAAAUCCAUUUGUAAUGAAGCGCUAUCAUUAGAUAUUUAGAGUUUAACGUAGGCAGCACCUUUGAACAACUUAGAGCCAGUGCCAGAUGAUGUGUAAGAUCCUGCCUGGUGUAGAAAUUUGGAUAUGAAUGACAAAGAUUCUUUUAGUGAAAUCAUUUAAACAGUCAGAACUGUUUGCAGAGAGAAUCCUCUUGUGUGUUUUAAUUCAGUUUAUAUUUAUAAUUUAUAUAAGCAGUGAAGGUGCCAUUGGGUUUUACUACAGACUGUGGUUGAAACUUGGUAAUCCAGGGUUUUUCCACCCAGUGCUUUAAAUCAGGCAGCCAGCCCCACAGGGUCUUGGUAGUCCAGUGUUUAUAGCAUCCUUCUUUACCUGCUAAUCGACCUCACUUCCUGGAUUUCAGUCCAUCUAGUUAUCAGCUAACAAAAGAACAGCUUUUGGUUCCUGCAGACGCUGGUGAAAAAAUAAUCAUGAGAAAGAAAUCCACCUUAUGUCGUCUUUUUUGUCUGCAAAAAUAAACUCAGCCAUCAUACAGCUAACAGGUACAGAGGGAAGAUACGAGCUCUUUCAUAGGAAGAAAUCGCUGAGAAAAUGAGCAUCAUUUCUCAAGGUUUUUAUUUUCACUGAUCUACAAGUGAUGCUGCUGUAAUUCUAGCUGCAGUUUUUACCGAUCAUUCACCACUCAGCAGCUGGUAGAGAAGUAAGCCUGCUUGGCAACCACCUGCAGGGCUGCAGAGAUGAAUUACAUUUUCGGAAACAACACACUUCUAUACUCUCGCGGCAGUCGAGGAGGCAAUACUAGCUCUAGCCAUGGCUCAGCAGGCCCAAAGCAGAAACACUGGGCAAAAAAGGGCUCGUCAGAUGAACUGCAGGCUGAGCCAGAACCUUCACGCUGGCAGCAGAUAGUUGCAUUUUUCACUCGAAGACACAGCUUUAUUGACUGCAUCUCGGUAGCCACCAGCUCCACCCAGCCAACAGAAGCUGUUCUUCCCUCUCCUCCCACUGUCCCUGUGAUCCCUGUCCUGCCAGUCCCUGCUGAGAAUACUGUCAUCCUACCCACCAUACCACAGGCAAAUCCUCCUCCAGUCCUGGUCAACACAGAUAGCUUGGAAACACCAACUUAUGUUAAUGGCACAGAUGCAGAUUAUGAAUAUGAAGAAAUCACACUUGAAAGGGGAAAUUCAGGGCUUGGUUUCAGCAUUGCAGGAGGUACAGACAACCCACAUAUUGGAGAUGACUCAAGUAUUUUCAUUACCAAAAUUAUCACGGGGGGAGCAGCCGCCCAAGAUGGAAGAUUGCGGGUCAAUGACUGUAUAUUACGAGUAAAUGAAGUAGAUGUUCGUGAUGUAACACAUAGCAAAGCAGUUGAAGCGUUGAAAGAAGCAGGGUCUAUCGUACGCUUGUAUGUAAAAAGAAGGAAACCAGUAUCAGAAAAAAUAAUGGAAAUAAAGCUCAUUAAAGGUCCUAAAGGUCUUGGGUUCAGCAUUGCUGGAGGUGUUGGAAAUCAGCAUAUUCCUGGGGAUAAUAGCAUCUAUGUAACCAAAAUAAUUGAAGGAGGUGCAGCACAUAAGGAUGGCAAACUCCAGAUUGGAGAUAAGCUUCUAGCAGUGAAUAACGUAUGUUUAGAAGAAGUUACUCAUGAAGAAGCAGUAACUGCCUUAAAGAACACAUCUGAUUUUGUUUAUUUGAAAGUGGCAAAACCCACAAGUAUGUAUAUGAAUGAUGGCUAUGCACCACCUGAUAUCACCAACUCUUCUCAGCCUGUCGAUAACCAUGUUAGCCCAUCUUCCUUCUUGGGCCAGACACCAGCAUCACCAGCCAGAUACUCACCAGUUUCUAAAGCAGUGCUUGGAGAUGAUGAAAUUACAAGGGAACCUAGAAAAGUUGUUCUUCAUCGUGGCUCAACGGGCCUUGGUUUCAACAUUGUAGGAGGAGAAGAUGGAGAAGGAAUAUUUAUUUCCUUUAUCUUAGCCGGAGGACCUGCCGAUCUAAGUGGAGAGCUCAGAAAAGGAGAUCGUAUUAUAUCGGUGAACAGUGUUGACCUCAGAGCCGCUAGUCAUGAGCAGGCAGCAGCUGCAUUGAAAAAUGCUGGCCAAGCUGUUACAAUUGUUGCACAAUAUCGACCUGAAGAAUACAGUCGUUUUGAAGCUAAAAUACAUGAUUUACGGGAGCAGAUGAUGAAUAGUAGUAUUAGUUCAGGGUCAGGUUCUCUUCGAACUAGCCAGAAGCGAUCCCUCUAUGUCAGAGCCCUUUUUGAUUAUGACAAGACUAAAGACAGUGGCCUUCCCAGUCAGGGAUUGAACUUCAAAUUUGGAGAUAUCCUCCAUGUUAUUAAUGCUUCUGAUGAUGAAUGGUGGCAAGCCAGGCAGGUUACACCAGACGGUGAGAGUGAUGAGGUUGGAGUGAUUCCCAGUAAACGCAGAGUUGAGAAGAAAGAACGAGCCCGAUUAAAAACAGUGAAAUUCAAUUCUAAAACGAGAGAUAAAGGGGAGAUCCCUGACGACAUGGGAUCAAAAGGCCUGAAGCAUGUAACUUCUAAUGCCAGCGAUAGUGAAAGUAGUUACCUAAUCUUGAUUACAGAUGAGUAUGGCUGCUCAAAAGGUGGUCAAGAAGAAUACGUCUUAUCUUAUGAACCAGUGAACCAACAAGAAGUUAAUUACACUCGGCCAGUGAUCAUACUGGGACCCAUGAAAGACCGGAUCAAUGACGACUUGAUCUCAGAAUUUCCCGACAAAUUUGGAUCCUGUGUCCCUCAUACAACUAGACCAAAACGAGAUUAUGAGGUAGACGGAAGAGAUUAUCAUUUUGUGACUUCAAGAGAGCAGAUGGAAAAAGAUAUCCAGGAACAUAAAUUCAUUGAAGCUGGCCAGUAUAACAAUCAUCUAUAUGGAACAAGUGUUCAGUCUGUGCGAGAAGUAGCAGAAAAGGGCAAACACUGUAUCCUUGAUGUGUCUGGAAAUGCCAUAAAGAGAUUACAGAUUGCACAGCUUUACCCUAUCUCCAUUUUUAUUAAACCCAAAUCCAUGGAAAAUAUCAUGGAAAUGAAUAAGCGUCUAACAGAAGAACAAGCCAGAAAAACGUUUGAGAGAGCCAUGAAACUGGAACAGGAGUUUACUGAACAUUUCACAGCUAUUGUACAGGGAGAUACGCUGGAAGACAUUUACAACCAAGUGAAACAGAUCAUAGAAGAACAGUCUGGUUCUUACAUCUGGGUUCCAGCAAAAGAAAAGUUAUGAAAACUCAUGUUUCUCUAUUUCUCUUUUCCACAAUUCCAUUUUCUUUGACAUCUCUUUGCCCUUUCCUCUGGAGUCUUUUUUCAAUAAUGAUUUCAUGUUGAAUUAUAUCCCACAUCAUGGUCUGCAGGUGCGCUUAUUUUUUUACAUGUAGUGUCUCCUUCAAGUUACAUCAUGUGUAUUAUUUAAUGUCACUAUUGGUUAGUGGCCAUUUUUCACAACUGAAGAUGGAAUGGCCUGACCAGCUAUUAAGAAUUUGGGGAGACGCAGAAAUUGUGGUAAAAUUCCUUAAUGUUUAAGGGAAAGUAACUUUAAGAGAUUUUUGGAAAAGCUUUAUAUACAUUCUUUUCAAAUUUCAGUACAAAUGAAAAAGUGGUUUUAAUCAGUGAUUUAGUAGACUUUGAGCAACUAUGCACGCUUAAGUUUAAUAGCAUGGUUUGGCCAGUGUGUUACUCUCAAGUCCUGUUCUCAGUCAGCUUCUAUCAUCAAAGCAAUUGUUUCAUUAUAGAUAAAUAAGGAAGACAUGUUUUAAUUUAAAAAUUCAUGUCUGAGUUAACUUUCAUAAGGGAUUUCAUUUUUCCUAAGUAUUCUUAAAGUCUUUUAUUAUUUGAAGGUUCUUUUUUCCCAGUACAUUUGCUAGGAAUAACAACGUUUAAAUGUUUUUAAUCUACUUGAGCAACACUAUCGUGUCUUACAAAAGUUGUUCAUAUGUAAAUGAUCAUCACAUUCUGUGAAUCAAGGCCAUGUUCAGGUGCUAAGGAAGUUCGCCUUUUACACAGAAGGCUGAGAAAAUUUCCUAGAUAUAAAUACAGAUAAAUCAGACAUUACAGUGUGAUGUAGAAACCAUAAUGGCAAUGGAAAGGAGUCCAGUUCAUAGCCUAAAACUUAAAAAUGUAUUCUUAGGAGUCAGAUUUUACUGAAUAUUUUACCCACAAUAGCUGCCUAUUUUGUUAUAAUAAAAUAUAUAUAAAUAUAUAUAUAAAACUUUCUUUAAACUCUGUAACUAUGGGAAUUAUUUUCUUUACAUAGUUGCGCACACACACAAACAUAUAUAUAUAUAUAUUUAAAAUAUAUUUUGUUUCUUUUGCCACCUACUCCUAACUUUUUGUUUGGUUUUUAAAUUAAAUAUUAAUUGAAUAGACUUAUCUUCCUUAAUCCUGUGAACUGAAAAUGGGGGCAUGGUGAUCAUGAGGAGAAACAUUUAGGGAAAUUAGAUUAUAAGUAAAAGUAUGGGCGUAUUCUCCUCUUUUCUACAAAGUUUUCAAAUGGUUCCUGGGGUUUUGUUGUUGUUCUUGUUGUUGUUAUUGUUGUUCUUGUCAUCAGGUUUGAUUUUGGUCCUUGCCCUUUCCUUCUAGUUCUCCUUUUAUUAAUAGGAAGGCAGGCAAAAGCCCCAUUUAUGUGUGUGUUUCCCUCAGGCAGCUUUCGUCCACUGCUCUGCACUAGAAUUGCACAAAUCUUCAUGGUGAGCAAUUUUAAGAAAUUUUAGUGAAAGGUAGAAAUUAUUUCAGAAAUCAGUUUCUCUGGUCCUUUAUAUUAAUAAUAAUAUUUGGCUUCCCAUUGCUCUUUGGAGUUGUUUAUUAAAUAUGUGUUUUUGACAACCUCCUCAUUACAGUUUCUUAAAGAAAUGAGUACUGGUUUGUAAAGAAUUAUCAACAUUAUCCAUUCCAUUUAUGAAGAAGAGGAGAACAGCUAAUAAACUGUAUUGUAAAAUCCA